AUGCGAUUCUUCAACGUCCUCGUCACUCUCGCUGCCUUGGGCAUUGCCCACGCAUCUGCAGAUGCAAACGUCGAAGUCCGCGACCUGAUUCACGGUCUGAACCAGCACGACGACGGAUUCGUCCACAUCGCCGACGACGGUGUCGCCCGAUCAUACUCGCGGGACGGCGCCGUUCUCGACGUGGCGCGACUCCACGCACGGCACUUGGAGGCGUACGCAGACCACUACGCCCGUGCCAUCGGCGAUCCGGCCGUCAAACGCCACUUGACCGGUAUCUGGGGUGGGAUUAACGCCCGAGACGUGGCCGACGAGGACCUCUUCAACCCGCCCGACCAUCUCAAGCCUAGGGAGUUCAGGGAAAAUGCGACAGAUGAUGAAGAUGAGGAUGAUGCUGAUGAGUAUGACCACUCCGCCGUGGAGCAGUCGCCUAACGAAGAGGGUGCGGCCUUUAAGCGAACCGAGCCCUUUUGCGUGGGCAGACCGUGCGGCACUACUGCGAUGUGCCGGAAUACCGGCUGCCAUACCUGUGGGAUCCCGGACAACAUGAAACUGAAGGAGAAGGUCUGCAUCUAA